AUGGAGACUGCCGUCUUUUCAGAAGUGCUGCCGUUCGGGUUGUCCAGUCGCUUAGGCGCGGGUUCAGCUGCUGCCGCUCGCGGGUAUGUGCCACGCAUGCCUUUGGCCGUCCGUGAUUACACCUGCAAGCGCUUCGGCAUUGAUUGUGGUCUAGACUUCCUGCGACGAGGGCCCGGUGAUGAGCUCUACGCUCCGCGUGAGUGGCAUGAGGAUGCUGAGUGGAUCUCUGAGUUGUGUCGCUCUUUAAGGCUUAGGGACAACGUUGCUGAUCCUCCCAGUCGGGGAAAAGAUGUCGCGCCUCCCAGCCGGGAGAUGGCAAGGUGGCUCACCGAGCUGCUGAAGGGCGACACCCGUCGUUUCGAGACUGUGGUCGAGUCGGUGCGAGCUGGCUUUGCGGCCAGCACAGCCCACAAGAUUACGAAGAGCUUUCGCGCUUUCUUGGUCUGGCUAAAGAACGAGGCUCAGUGCAACAGUGAGGCGGUCUUUUCUUCAGCUGAGGCUACGGCGAUGGCCUUGCGAGGUUACGGACUGCACCUCUACGAGACCGGCAUGCCCCGCUACUUGCUGGUUUACGCUAUCACUGCUGUUCAAGAUAAGUUUCCCCAGCACAGAAACUUUCUUACUGCUGCUUGGCAAGUGGACAAGAAGUGGCAGCGCGCUGAGCCAGGAUCUUGCAGAGCGGUCCUGCCAGUGGCAGCCAUUCGGGCCUGCGUGAGUUUGUCGUUGCUCUGGGGCUGGUCCAGAUGGUGCUGUCUUCUGAUAAUAGGUUUUCUGGCGAUGCUGCACCCGGCUGAGUUGCUUCUCUUGGAGCGCCGCGACCUGGUUUUUCCUUCCGACACUCUGGGUCACACGCAGACGAAAACUUCAGAGUUUUACCUGCAAGAGGUGGCCGCGCAAGUCUUACUGACGGAGAUCAGUCCAGCUGCUCGCUCUCGCAUCAAGUCCCUGGAUGACGCCGCGGACAGCUUACUUGCGCAUUUUUCUGGUGCUUCGCAGUAUUGA